AUGAGCCAAGGAGCCGGAUCUUCACCACACUCACACGACGUCAACACGGUAUUCACUCGAGACGCCAGUUUGGGAUGGCUGAGUUCUAUAAACCUCCAAGUCAAGGUAGGAAGUACCCAAGGGUUGACCUAUUUGGUUGUGGCUCCAAGGGAAGAUGAAUCCCUCACUGAUUCCUCCAUGAAGCGGCUGCAGGUGGCCGUGCUUUCCUUACAAGCUUGGGGAGGUCUUCCCCUUAAUUCCCCCCCUUACCAAUCAACAAUGCAAGAGCUGAGUGAGGCUGAAGUGAUCACGGCUUGGAAACGUACUCGUGGGAAACUAGAGUCUUUAGCACAAGAGAUCCAGACUCUGCUACAGUCUGGUACAGUCUUCUCUGAGAAGAACGUUCUCCUUGAGUUAGGAAGCAGGAUCCUUUGCAACAUGACUAUGGCAGUGUAUAGUGCUAGUGUUGCAUGGCUUGCCUCAGUCAAGAAGCCACAAAUGGUGACUGUUACACAAGAGACUUCCCUUUCACCUUCCUCACCUGAUGCUGAAGGACAGUUCAGUGGCCCGGCAAUGAGUGGAACUGAAGAAGUCAGAGUUGUACAUCCUCUCCCAGCAAAACCAUCCAAACAUUUACGCAGACGAAACGCACUUGAGACGGGAGAGUGGUGGGUUCCCAGGGGAUUGAGGGAUGAGUUCCUGUCCGGCUUGGGCGUGAGGAGGACUCUCUCAAGAGAUCAGUUUGAAGUAUUGACCACGGCUGAGAAGAGUGGUACCUCUGUCAGUGAUGGCCAAUUGACAGUGGGAAAUGUCACUACCUCGUCUCAAUCAAGCAAAUUUCAGUUCAUUUACUACUGA